AUGAUCUUCAUUAAAGUUGCAUUGAAUAAUAUACUAAUUCGAGCAAUGGUUGACACAGGAGCUCAAGUCUCUUUGAUAUCGAAGAAAGUUGCUGAAAACUGUGAAAUAGAAGAUGAAAUUGAUACUAGAUUUAAAGUUACAACAGCUGGAAUUGGCGGGAAUUCAGAAGCCAUUGGAAAACUACUGAAUGUGGACCUGGUCAUUGAGGGAACUGCAAUGCCAGUGGUUUUAACAGUAAUGCCGAACGAUAGCUUAGAAUUAGAUAUGAUUAUGGGAAUUGAUAUUCUUAAAUGUUAUCAGGGUAUUAUUGAUCUACAAAAACUUGAUAAAGCGCAGCAAACUGAAAGAAUUGAAAAGGAGGAAUUUCCAAACAAAAUUCUUUACAGGACUAAAGUUCCGGAAGUUUUAAUUAACCCUAUAAGUCUUGAUUCGAUUGAUACAAGUCAUUAUGAAUCAGCUGAUAAGGUUGCCAGGUAUAAGUGCAAUUGUCGGUACCUGUGGCUACGAGAGCUGCAUGGAGUCACAGCAUUCAUGAUGUCGAAUUCUCUAAAGCACAAAAUUUUCUGGGCCUUCGUUAUAAUUGCGUGGGCAAGCUACUCCAUUUAUAAUACUCAAAAUAUAAUACUCCAGACGACCACCCUUAUUACAAUAUUACCGGUGAAAAAACUGAAAUUUCCAACAUUGGUUUUCUGCCCACGAAAUCCUGAUUUUUUGCAUUACUAUGAAAUAUUGGAAGAUAUGUAUUCAAAACUGGGUUACAUGGAAAAUAGUACAAAUUUUGAUAUUUUGAGAUAUGCCAUAACAAGUUUUGGAUUCGAUGGGGCUCACAUUGAGCGAUUUAAUUCUUCUUAUUUGAAAGAAUUGGAACAGUUUUACGAUAGAUGGAAAGGAAAUCGAUCGCAAUAUGAAAUGUUUGAGUUCGUUUAUGAGAAGCAUGGUUAUAAUUGUUCAGAUCUUUUUCAAACUUGCUACGGCGGAAGUGUUCUUUACAAUUGUUGCGAUAUUUUUGAGCCGACCUACGCCAUGCUCCGUGGAAAAUGUUAUCGUUUAAUUGAUUCAUAUUAUCAAAACGAUACUGAUGAAGUUUCGAAGGUCUCGAUAUUUUUCAAAAAUAUAAUAACACCUUUAAUGGGAGACGGAAAAACGCCUCAGUUGGUCCUUUAUAAUUCCGAUUCGAACUAUGAGAUUGGCGUAUAUCCAAGAUUAUUCAUCAAUGCGCAUGACUGGAAUCGUCUCAGAUUCACUCAAAAAUCCCUAGUCCUACUGCCUCACAAUGAUCGUUGUUCCCACGACGAUAUUUAUCAAGGAAAGUUCACGUGUUUUGUUUAUAAAUGGCUCAUUCAGCUUAUAAAUCAAUACAAUUGUACUGUUCCUUAUUAUAGAUACAAGUUACAUUAUCUCUAUGGAAUUCCGGUUUGCAACAACUCAGUUAUCGUGAACAAUUUUCAGAAUAUUAGUCUUACUCCGACAUUGCAAGGCUAUAAGUGUUCGCCGGCAUGCUCACGCAUUGAGAACUCCAUGCAAGUCAUGUCUAGUAUUGAUUACGACCCGGAUCCAACUUAUAUGUUCCGAAUAGAAGCAAGCUUCACUUACCUGGAGUACGAGCAAUACAAAGAAGUGCAAAAAACGAGCACCCCUGGUUUUAUCUCGGAACUUGGGGGUCAAACUGGCUUGUUCGUUGGUUGUUCGGUUAUGACUAUCGUUCAAUUUUUCAAUUCCCUUUGUGUUUUUUUGUAUAAGAAAAUACGCGAUGUUCUUUAUCGUCAAUACUACAUGGUCAAAUUUGGUUUGUAUACUACUCAUCCAUCAGAACCAGUCGAUAAAUUUUAUUCGAAAUCUUCGUCCCUGGAACGUCAAGAGAUUCAGAAAGCCAAGGCUAGUCGUCAGAGACAAAUGCAACUAGACGGAAUGCUUUUUGAUGAAGAUCCAGGUGAAACAAUCGAAUUCGAAGAUGUUGCUGUAAGCACCAGUAGUGUUGGUAGCGAGAUAGAGAGAAUUUAUGAAGAUGAAUUCGAAGAAAUCCCAUUAAGCAACAGCGAAGAGCUCGAGGAGAUUCUUCCAAGUACAGAAGGAUCCAGUGAACAGCAUUCUGCGUGUGUCGCCGAAUCACCGGAAGAAAUUAAGAUUGCGAAAUUUGUGUGGAAUCGAUAG